AUUUAUUUAAAGAAUUUUGUGAAUUUUAUUUAUCUUAAUUAAAUCAAUAAUAACUUCAUAUUGAGCUGUUUAAAAGGAUAAUUUGUAUAAUAUAGUGUCUAUUAAAGUGAAAUAGCAUAAAGUGAAGUGAGAAAGAUGAGUUCCGAAGAGGAAAAGAGUGAUGAUUACGGAAAUGAAGACACAUUCCAAGAUGACGGAUCUAAAAAUCCAUUAAAUGACGACGACGAUGAUUAUGAGCCAACCGAUAGCAAGAAGAAAUCUAAAAAAGGAAAGAAACGUAAAGUUCGUAGUGAAGAAAAAUCCAAAAAUCGCAAAAAGAAAAAGCGUAAGAAGAAUGAAUCUGAAGACGAAGACGAACAGCCAAACGAAUCAGCUGAGGAAUAUACAUCAAGUAAAAAAGGUCGUAAAAAGAAAGAUAGAGGAGAUCGUGAAGAACGUUCAGCUAGAUCAUCGAGACAUCAAGUUGUUGACGAAGAACCAGCCGAAGAAACUGAAGCACCGUCAGUCGAGGAAGUUUGUGAGCAAUUAGACUUGAAGGAUGUCUCAAUUGAAUACACAGAAAGCCAUUAUCAAAAUCUUGUUACAUACAAAAUGUUUACACAAUUUGUACGCCCAAUUUUAACAAAAGAAAAUCCAAAAGCACCAAGCAGUAAACUAAUGAUGUUAAUAGCUGCUAAAUGGCGUGAGUUUUGCCUCGAAAAUCCAAAUUUAAGAGAUGAUGAUAAUGACGAGGAACCAGCAGAAACAGCUGAAAAAUCAGAUAAUGACGAGGAUGAUGACGAGGCUGUAGAUGAACCAGAAGAGCCUGAAUAUAAGCCAAAAUCAAGUCGUUCAAGACCAUCCAGAAAUGCUGAAAAAAAGCAGCAACAACAAGAAGAUGAUGACGAUGACGACGAUGAUGAUGAUGACGAUAAUAGUAACAGCAAGCGUUCCAGCAAAAAACGUGCUAAUGCACGAACGACAAGCAAGCGCGGACGCAAACAAAAAGUUCCAACAUUAAAGAUACGAUUUGGCAAGAAGAAAGACGCUAGUUCCGAAGAAGAAAAAGACAGUAACGGAGAAACUGAAGAACGCGACAGUGAUGCAGAAUUUGAGAAAAUGCUAUUGAAAACUCCAGAAGCAUCAGAUGAUGAGACAAGUAACAGCCGUGCACAAAGUACAAGUACAGUAGUUAAAGGAAAGGCAAAGGUUAAGAUUGGCAAUCGUGGCAAAAAGAAGAAGUCCAAAAAGGCAGCUGAAGCUAUCGAACAUCAAGAUUAUUGUGAUGUUUGUCAGCAAGGAGGCGAGAUUAUUCUCUGCGAUACUUGUCCAAGAGCUUAUCAUCUUGUAUGUUUAGAUCCGGAACUCGAAGAAGCACCAGAAGGCAAAUGGUGCUGCUCAAAAUGUGAAGCUGAAGGCAAACAACCUGUUGAGGAAAACGAAGAAGAUGAUGAACAUCAAGAUUUCUGUCGAAUUUGUAAAGACGGCGGUGAACUUUUAUGUUGUGACUCGUGUCCAUCGGCUUACCACACAUUUUGUCUUGAUCCACCAUUAAGUGAAUUGCCUGAAACGUCUUGGACAUGUCCACGUUGUUCUUGUACUCCACUACCGUUUAAAGUCGCUAAAAUACUCAGUUGGAGAUGGACAGACGUUAAAAUCCCUGGACCGUCAACAAGUAAGACACAAACAAUUCGUCGUCGUGAAUAUUUCGUAAAAUGGCAAAAUCAAAGCUAUUGGCGUUGUGACUGGGUAUCGGAAAUGCAAAUGGAUGUUUAUCAUAACAUUAUGUUUCGCUCUUAUACUCGUAAACAUGAUAUGGAUGAGCCACCACGCUUUGAUGAUCAAUUGGAUGAACAAGAUAGUCGUUACAAGCGUAUCGAGAGAAUGGGGAAGCAUUCAAAGGAAGAAAGAAACAAUAUCGAGGAAAAUUUAGAGGAGAGAUAUUACAAUUAUGGUGUCAAACCAGAAUGGUUGAUUAUUCAUCGUGUUAUUAAUCAUCGUACAAUGAGAGAUGGACGAACUUUAUAUUUAGUUAAGUGGCGUGAACUGCCAUACGAACAAUCGACAUGGGAAGAAGAGGAAGACGAAGUUCCUGGUUUGAAGCACGCAGUCGAAUUCUAUCACGAUCAUCGUGCAUAUAAUCUCGAAACGAAUGACCGCAAAAAGAAGAAAAAAGGUCGUCGUCGCACAAAAGAUGAAGUUGAUGAUGGAACUGGACAAAGAAAGUUUAAUCCACCACCAGAUCGUCCAUGUUCUGAUUUAAGACGCAAAUGGGAGCAACAGCCUGAAUAUUUUGAUGAAAUUGGUAUGCAAUUACAUCCAUAUCAAGUCGAAGGUAUUAAUUGGUUACGCUACUCGUGGGUAAAUGGCACUGACACUAUCUUAGCAGAUGAAAUGGGUCUCGGAAAGACUAUCCAAACAGCAGCAUUUUUAUAUUCAUUAUUCAAGGAAGGUCACUGCAAAGGACCAUUUUUAAUUUCCGUACCGUUAUCUACGUUAAUUAAUUGGGAGCGUGAAUUUGAGCUUUGGGCACCAGAUUUUUAUUGUGUCACAUACAUUGGUGACAAGGAUUCGCGAGCAGCUAUACGUGAGAAUGAAUUGACCUUCAGCGAAGACGGAGUACCACGAAAUUCGAAAGGUGCAAGUAAAAUGAGAACAUCAAAUGUCAAGUUCAAUGUUUUGAUUACAAGUUAUGAGCUUGUUUCCAUCGAUAAUGCAUGUUUAUCGUCAAUCGACUGGAAAAUUCUUGUGGUUGAUGAAGCACAUCGUCUGAAAUCGAAUCAAUCAAAGUUCUUUAAAUUUCUCGCGAGCUACAACAUUGAUUAUAAAUUACUUUUGACUGGAACUCCAUUACAAAAUAAUCUUGAAGAAUUGUAUCAUUUAUUGAAUUUCUUAUGUCGAGAUAAGUUCAAUGACUUGACAGUUUUCCAAAGUGAAUUUGCUGAUAUUUCGAAGGAAGAGCAAGUUAAGAAGCUUCACGAAAUGUUGGGACCACACAUGUUGAGACGUUUAAAGGCAGACGUAUUGAAAAAUAUGCCAACAAAAAGUGAAUUCAUUGUUCGUGUUGAGCUUUCGCCGAUGCAGAAAAAAUAUUAUAAAUUUAUUUUGACGAAGAAUUUUGAAGCUUUAAAUUCAAAAACUGGAGGUGGUAAUGCAUGUUCAAUGUUGAAUAUUAUGAUGGAUUUAAAGAAAUGCUGUAAUCAUCCAUACUUAUUUCCGAGUGCUCAAGAAGAAGCACCAUUGAGUGCAGGUGGAACUUAUGAAUUUCAAGCUAUGACAAGAGCCUCUGGGAAAUUGGAUUUACUUGAAAAAAUGUUGAGAGUCCUUAAGCGUCAGGGACAUCGUGUUUUGAUUUUCUCUCAAAUGACAAAAAUGUUGGACAUUCUCGAAGACUUUUUGGAUGGUUCUGGAUAUAAAUAUGAGAGAAUUGAUGGUGGAAUUACAGGCAAUUUAAGACAAGAUGCUAUUGAUCGCUUCAAUGCUCCUGGUGCUCCACAAUUUGCUUUCUUGCUAUCUACACGUGCUGGCGGUCUCGGUAUUAAUUUGGCAACUGCAGACACAGUCAUUAUUUAUGACUCAGAUUGGAAUCCUCACAAUGAUAUUCAAGCAUUCUCUCGAGCACAUCGUAUCGGACAAGCAAACAAAGUCAUGAUAUAUCGCUUCGUUACAAGGAACUCAGUCGAGGAGAGAGUCACACAAGUUGCAAAACGAAAAAUGAUGUUGACACAUCUCGUUGUGAGGCCAGGUAUGGGCGGAAAAACAACAAAUCUUACAAAGCAGGAACUUGAUGAUAUUCUACGUUUUGGUACGGAAGAAUUAUUCAAAGAAGAAUCAAGCAAAGACGAAACUAUUCAUUAUGAUGAUUCAGCUGUUGAAAAGCUUUUAGAUCGUUCAAUGGAAGGUGUUGAAGAGAAAGAAAACUGGGCAAAUGACUAUUUGUCAAGCUUCAAAGUCGCAUCGUAUGCCACAAAGGAUCAAGACGAAGAAGAGGAUGAUGUUGAACGCGAAAUUCUUGUAAAAGAAGAAAAUUCAGACCCAGCUUAUUGGGUAAAAUUAUUGAGGCAUCACUAUGAGCAACAUCAAGAGGAUAUAGCAAGGUCAUUAGGAAAGGGAAAACGAGUUAGGAAGCAAGUAAAUUAUACUGACAAUGGUAUUGUGACAGCUGAGCCACGCGACGAUAAUUGGCAAGAUGAUGGAAGUGGAUAUAGUGAUUAUACUAGUGAUGAAGAUCGUGAAGGUAUGGAUGAGGAUGAAAUUGCAGCAAGAGCUCGUGCAAGGGCUAGGGAAAGAGAACGUCCAUUACCGCCACUUUUGGCACGAGUUGCAGGAAAUAUUGAAGUUCUUGGCUUUAAUGCACGACAACGUAAGGCAUUCCUUAAUGGAAUUAUGCGCUAUGGAAUGCCACCACAAGAUGCCUACAAUGGACAAUGGUUAAUAAGAGACUUACGGGCAAAGACUGAGAGACAAUUUAAAGCAUAUAUUGCAUUAUUUAUGAGACAUUUAUGUGAGCCAGGUGCUGAUAAUGCUGAAACAUUCGCUGAUGGCGUUCCACGUGAAGGUUUAAGUCGUCAACAUAUUUUGACACGUAUCGGUGUCAUGUCAUUGAUACGUAAAAAGGUACAGGAAUUCGAGAACAUUAAUGGUAUUUAUUCAAUGCCAGAGAUUAUGAAUGGACCUGUUUUGCCAGUGAAAGUUAAAAAAACGGAACAGCCAAAGGUCGAUGAGAAGGUGGAAGAUGUAAAGCCAUCCGAUGAUAUAAAGCAGGAAGUUAAGGAAGAAUCAAAAACGUCAGAAACGAAACCUAGUGUGGAUGAUGAUGAUAAAAAGUCUGUAGAGACUGUUAAACCAGAAGAAUCAAGCGAACAAAAGAGUGAUGAAAAUGUUAAGGAAGAAAAAGACGAAAAGCCACCGACAGAAGAUAUCAAACUCGAUGGUGAUAGUGAAAAUAAGAAAGAAAGUGAUGAGAAUGAUGACAAAAAAGAUCCCUUGAGUGAUGAAACAGUAAAGACAGAAGAUAAUAAGAAAUCGGAAGUAACAACAGUUAGUGACGAUGACGACGACGAUGUUGUAUGUAUUGAUGUAGAUACAGGAAAGAAGAAACCAGCCGUGAAAAUAUCUCCAGCCGAUAGAAAAUUCAUGUUUAAUAUCUCUGACGGUGGAUUUACUGAAUUACAUACACUUUGGAUUAAUGAGGAAAAGGUUGCAGUUCCAAAUCGAAUUUAUAAUAUUUGGCAUAGACGACAUGAUUAUUGGCUACUAGCUGGUACUGUUGCUCAUGGAUAUGCUCGUUGGCAAGACAUUUUGAGUGAUCAACGAUUCGCUAUUGUCAAUGAACCAUUUAAAAUGGAUGCUGGAAAGGGGAAUUUCCUUGAAAUUCGUAAUAAAUUCCUCGCAAGACGAUUUAAGUUGCUUGAACAGGCACUCGUGAUUGAAGAGCAAUUGAGACGUGCUGCUUAUUUGAAUAGCGCAAAUACGGAUAACAUUACAUCAGAGCAUCCAGGCGAUUUUGACCCUGAACAAGAUGCUGAGUCGAUUACAAAAACGGCUGCAAAUAAUCCAGUCCUACACAAAGUAUUGAAUCAACUAGAAGAACUGUUGAGUGACAUGAAAAGCGAUGUGUCGAGAUUGCCUGCUACUCUUGCGAAUAUUCCACCAGUUGCACAGCGUCUUCAAGCAGCUGAAAAGUCUAUUCUCUCAAGGAUUGCCACAAAUCCGAAGAAUUCAAAUAAUGCUGUUACGUCAAUGGCUCUAUUCCCAAAUGGCUUUAAGAACUCAACAAUCGAGGGCUUCUCAACAGACGAAAAUGGAGCAAACUUUUCAAACUUCAGACCAGAAUUCAGUGUACCCGGACAGCGUCACGAUAAUGAUUAAGCUUAAAACUUAUUUUCCGGUUUUUCUUUUCUUUCUGAAACAUUCACUUUUUAACUUUAAUUACGAUAAAUUAUGCUAUUUUUCAUAAAAACAAAAAGAAACAAUGGAGAAACUCACAGACAUACUUUCAGCAACUCUCGUAGACGUUUAAGACAAAAAAAAAAAUGGACAACUUUGUGUAUUACAUACAUAGAAUUAUCACAAAUAAAUGCUCAAUAAUACAAAAAAAGCACAA